CUUUUCGGUGCUUAACAACACUGCGCAUCACGAAGUAAAAUCAUAUGAUCGAUUGGAGGUAGUGAAAAUUUCAGACGACGGGCAGAAGGCACACACACUGCAAGCACGGUAGUACGUGAAUUCCUUCGGAACUAUUGAAUUUCUAUUUCGAUUUUGUGGCAAGUGAGACAAAUCAGUCAAGAUGGCUUUGAGCGAUGCUGAUGUACAGAAACAGAUCAAACACAUGAUGGCAUUCAUUGAGCAGGAGGCCAAUGAAAAAGCCGAGGAGAUCGAUGCCAAAGCCGAAGAAGAGUUCAAUAUUGAGAAGGGACGUCUCGUCCAACAACAGCGUCUCAAGAUUAUGGAGUACUACGAGAAAAAGGAGAAGCAAGUUGAGCUGCAGAAGAAAAUCCAAUCCUCAAACAUGCUCAAUCAGGCUCGCUUGAAGGUGCUCAAAGUGCGCGAGGAUCAUGUUGGCAGUGUGCUGGAUGAUGCACGCAAACGUCUCGGCGAAGUCACCCAGAACGAAUCCGAAUACAAGACCGUUCUUGAGAAACUAAUUGUCCAAGGCCUGUAUCAGGUUAUGGAACCUAAAGUAACCCUACGCUGCCGUCAAGUCGAUGUGCCCCUAGUUAGGGCAGUAAUCCCUUCAGCUAUUGAGCAGUACAAAGCCGCAAUGAAACAGGAUGUUGAGUUUUAUAUCGACGAGAAGGAGUAUCUGUCGGCCAAUACCUGUGGUGGUGUUGAGCUGUUGGCUUUGAAUGGACGCAUCAAGGUGCCAAAUACCCUGGAGUCCAGAUUAGAAUUGAUUUCACAGCAACUUGUGCCAGAAAUCCGUAACGCCCUGUUCGGCCGCAAUGUUAAUCGCAAAUUCACCGAUUAAAAAUUUUCUUUAAGUGAAAAAACAGAACAGUUCAAGCUUAUAACAACAACAACAACAAGAAAAAAACAACCACUUAAUAAUGGAAGAAGAAAACUCAUACUCUUGAACUCAUUUAACAAAAUUGUGUCUAUUAAUUAUUAUUAUUAUUAUUGCCGUUGUCUUUUUAUAGUCAAACUGAGAAAAACAAAGAAUGUUGGUCAAAUAUGUAGGCAACAAUUAUGUGUUAAAAGUACUUACAUAUUUGCCAAUUAUGAUAUAUUAGAGUAUAUUUCAACAGAUAAACACAGUUCUAAGUGCAUUCAAAUCCGUAAAAGAGUUUGUUAAAGUUUGUUUUCUAUGAACUAACCGGCGUUAACAAUAUAAGCUAAUUAUAAUAACAUUCCUCAAUACUUUGCGAUCCGUUAUUAGUUCUGGCGAUUCAAGUGCGCCUUUAUCAUUUUUGUAAAAUUCUUUUUGUUUUGCCCUUGUCUGUAAAUUUUGUUGUACAUUUUUAUUAACUGUUUGUUUAUUAUUGUUAUCCCCUUUUCUUUAGCCAUGUUAUUCAAUUGCAAUGUGCGUCACAGCGGCAACAAUUAUCAAUGUUUAUUAACAUAAAUGAUAAUUAUCAAUGUAUGUGCCACUUGCAGGCCGCACGCGUGCACACUCAGCAUUAUUGUCCGCUUGCCACCGAAAUUCAUUUAGUCGCAUUUCGCUGGCUCGAGGACAAUGUGCGCCGGCGUCCAGCAACUGGCACAUUUUAAAGGCCAUAAACAAUCAUCAAAUGUCUGUUGUUGAACCAGUUAAAUACGAAUACACAGUUACCCUAACGCACGCGCAGUUAACGAAGUAUUGCCAAGUGGCCAAGUAGCUAAAUUUGUUAAUACAUAUAAAAGCCUUCAUAUUUUACCUGCUUCCAAUUCCAAAUCAUAUAUAUAUAUAUAAAUAUAUAUACUUAAAUGUAAAAUUGAAAGAAAAGAAAAAAAUGGAAAUUAUAAGUCUCAAUUUAAAUGGCUGCCGCUGUUGACGCACAAUUGCUUUAUAAACGCACGUUCAUAUCUGGCUCUAAUCAAGUACACACAGAAUAAUUGUAUUUUAAUGUUUGCGUGUUCACGAAAAAUAACUACAAAUUUAGCAUACAAUAAAAUCAAUAGCAUAUGCAUUAUUAUAUAACAUCGAUUAAAUGAAUUACAAAUGCAA